AUGCUAAACCUGAUCAACCCAAAAUGGAACCAUUCUUAUCAAAAUCCAAACAUGAUGCGAAGAUUGGGUUCCUGGAAGACGUUUUAUGAUGUCAUGAUACCUUUUAAACGAAAGAACAUGGAGAGUGACACUUCAAAACUGUUAUCUUAUAUUAAACAAGCUAUUACGAUUAAAUACAAUGAUGAAAAUCGAGGUGUUGAGGAUGAUGAUUGGGAAGGAGAGUCCAAUAAUUCAACGUUAACAACAAAAGAAAAGGAAAUUGUUGAUUUGACUCUUGAUCAAUAUAUGGAUGUGGGCAAAUUAAUUGCUGAUGUUGCAGAUGAAUUGAGAACAAGUUUUAUAUCUCCUUCAACAUUCAACGGCUAUAGAAACAAAUAUCUUUAUGAUCUCAGGAUUUAA